AGCGAAAGGGAAAGAGACGGAGAACAGAGUCCAAACGUGUCGCUGAUGCAGAGGAUGUCUGACAUGUUGUCCCGGUGGUUUGAGGAGGCCAGCGAGGCGCAGAGCAGCAGAGGAGCUCGCCCGCAGGCUCGACCCAGAGGAACAGCUGUUCGUCCUGAGGGGGGGCUAAGCAAUCCUCCUGCCCCAACAGUCGACUCCACGCAGGAGUCCAGCGCCCCCGAGAGGCCCUCAGGGCCAAACCCCACAGAGGAGCCUGUCAGUCCUGCAGAGGCCGCUGCCGCCACGCUCAAAUCCACAUCCUCAUCCUCCUCGGGAUCGUCCUCCGCUGUCACAGCGCCCCCCACCUCCAGCUCCUCCCCACUGGAAAGCUCCGCCCCUUCUUCUUCACCAAUCACGUCCUCCCCAGACUCCGAUCAGAGGAGUCAGACCGACGCAACAGAGAUGCCGACCUCUACGCCCACCUCUGAGCCCACGCUCUCAGAGUACGGUCCUCACCGGUUGCCCAUAAGUUUAGUGUGUAGACGUUUGCAGAGGUUGCUCCGGCUGGCAGACCCCCCAGGACAGGCCCAGAGAGCGGCCUCGUCCUCCUCUCCUUCCUCCUCCUCCUCCUCCCCAGCAGCCUCUGAGAGACGGACACAAAGAAGUGCUCCUCCUCCUUCUGCUGCUGCAGAUUCCCCCUCGUCUGUGGUAAACAAACAGCUGGGAUCCAUGACUCUUGAUGAGCAGCAGGGAGCUGCAGGUUCCCUUCAUGAUGAAUGUGUCACCGCAGGAGCCAGCAGCAGCACCACGCCGCCUGCCACCACCUCCACCUCCGUGUCCACCAGUCGACUGAACACAGCAGAACCGGUCCUCAGCUUGCACUACAGCUCAGAGGGAACCACCACCAGCACCAUCAAGCUGGACUUCACAGAUGAGUGGAGCAGCAGCAGGUCCAGCUCUAUGGGGGAGCCGAAAACGUUGGAGCCUCCUGCUCCUCCGAGCAAAGAGAGUCUGACGGCUGAGAGUUCAGUCUCAGAACAGGCUCACAGUGAGUCCUCGGCGCAGCAAAGUUCCCCCGCUGCUGCCGCCUCUGCAGAACCUCCCUGCUCCGCCUCCGGUUCUACUGUCCCGAGCAGCUCAGGUCCGGAGGAGGGUUCAUCGUCCGAGCGGAUCAGCGCAGCAUCUUCUCAGGACAGAAGCCAAUCAGGGCCUUCGGAGGAUACAUCAGGGGGCUGCAGGAGGGCGGAGCCAGCUGGAGAGGAAGGGGAGGGCAGCCAGAGUCAGCCGGCGCGCGGCAGCCAGGACUCAGACGACAGCGACGACGAUCCAAUUCCCAUCCCGAUGUCCAGAUUCAGAGGACAGGGCCAGAGUUCCAGGGGAUCUGCAGUAGGAGAUAGGAUGAUCAGGUAACUGGUUUGCUCGACAAAAUCAUGCAUCUAACCUGCCAGGUGUGUGACAUGUGGUGCAUAACCCCACCCACACAACAACACGGCGUGUGACCGUCUUGGUUUGGGCGUCGCGCUGAACUACUGACCCACAGCUGAGUGGCUGCAUGUGAGCACAGGUCAACAAACGCAUCAGAUGGACAGAGGAAAAACAGACGUUUCAUGACUCAGCAAAGCCGUGAGGUCCAUCUGCAGAUUGUUCUAGUGAUUCUG